AUGAAAGACACUCUGCGGAAAAAGCCAGCGAAAGCGAGUGCGGAUGGUGAGGUUCAAAACCCAUCGCAACUUGAAUCUUCCGAAUCAGCUUCUUCAAAUCCCUGGGCUGGUGAAACAACAUCAACCGCUGUCAACAACAACGAGGCCAUCUCUCGCCAGACAUCAAAAGCUUCCCAGAACUCCGGCAAUGUCUCUCGCCGAACCAGCCAAAGCACUGUCCCGCCACCAGUCACGGAGGCCAAAUCCCCAUCGCUAGGCCCAAGCAAUGGCCAGAGCCAGAGGCAGAGUCUAGACGUUCCGGGUGAAGCAACACUGGCAGCGAAACCCACCCGGCGCAGAAAGACAAUCACAAAGACGCCGCAUACAUUCGAACUAGAAGCGGAUCUCAACCCGCCUAAGGUCCCAGAACAGCCUCCCAUAUCGACUACUACUGCUACUGCUACUGCUACUGCUACUACCGCAGAACCACCGUUACUGAAGCAAGAAUCCCCAGUUGUCAAAAAGAAGAAGAAGCGCCUAUCCCAACCGCCUCCACCUGAGGGUGGCCUCGUUGAGCCGGCGAGCAGCAGCAGCAACAACACUGUACCAACACCACCGCCACAGAGAUCAGCCUCAGCAUCAACAUCACCGUCUGCUCCUCCGCCGCAGGGGGAUACGAACAGUUCCACCAUCGAAUCUUCAUCUCCAUCUACACCCGUGCAAACCACUCCAUCUCGUGCUCAUCCCGCUACUCUAUCUCCAUCAACAAGCACUUCAGCACCUACAAACCCUUUCACAACGGCCACGACAGCGACACAACGACCCAAGAAGUCCAAACCCAAAUCCUCCUCGGAAUCUCCAUCAUCACCAACAAAGCCUACUGCGGCCGUGGCCAUAGUACCACCCUCAAACCCAUGCCGCUUCACCCCACCCCCUCUAUCCGCCUCAAACUUCCAAGGAAAAGUAAUAGUCCUAACCAACGGCACCAGCCUAACAAGUCAAUCCCUAAUCCGAGCAUUCCACUCCGCCGGCAGCCGCGUCAUUUUCGGCGACAGUCAGCACCAAGCGGAACAAGCUCGACGCCUGAUUUCCAGCCUGGGUCCUCCGCACGUGGUCCAUUUCAACAAAUGCGAUAUGACGAAAUACUCUGAUAUAUUGGAACUAUUCCAGCUCGCGACGACCAUGUACGGUCGCGUGGACCAUGCUGUUUUUGGCGUUGGCGAUGAUGGGGGUCAAGCGUGUUCUGUUGCGCAGGGCGAAAAGGGGUGGUUUGACCAGGAAGGCGGAAGCCGUAGUGGAAACAGUGGUGGCAGCAACAGCAGUAAGGGCGGGGGUAUCUACAACAAAUCCGCCCGAGCAGCUGCCCUCGCUGAAGUCGAGACCGAGCCUCCUUCGGGUACAGACAUAGGCGACAUUAUCACGGCCAGUGUUCGAUUUGCACGUAUCGCGUUGGCGUAUCUACGGUAUUCGCCGAGACCGAGAAGGAAGACUGAACAAAAGGACACAGAGAGCAAUGAUAGGAGUCUGACAUUCGUCACGAGUGUCGCCGCGUUCAAGGAUCUCCCGUCCCUACCGAUCUAUCAGGUUGCUCAACAUGCGAUUCUGGGACUGGUUAGGAGUUUACGUGCUACGGUAGAUCCGGAUCCAGAACGGGGGGAUGGUGUUCGUGUCAAUGCUGUGGUGACGAAUGUUAUGGUUCCCAGGGCGAUUGAGCAGUCGGAUGGUGGGAGGAUGUCGGUUCAGUUACCGAUUGAUAGGCCGGACGAUGUUGCGAGGGUUAUUGGGGGUGUGGUGGCGGCUGGGGCGACGACGAGCGACACUGUCAACACUGUCAUCAGCGCGACUGGGUCAACGUCGCAUGAAGAUGAAGACGGAGACAACACCAGGGCCGGAGUUGGAGGAGAAGGCAAGGAGGGAGAAGAAGAUAGAAGCCCCAUCUGGUAUGAAAAAGGAUACGAACGAGGCGUGCGCGAUCGCCAUCUCCACGGUCGCGUCAUCUACAGCGUCGGGCUGGAUUGUUGGGAUAUCCAGGAAGGGUUGGACAUGAGUGAACCGGUGUGGAUGGGCACGAGGCCGUCCGAGGCUCUGGCCAGCUCGUUGGACGGACUGCCUUCGGUCACUAGACCUGGUACUGGGGCAGAUGGACAAGGUGCGAAUUGGAUCUUGGAUCUAGCCUGA